CCUCUACCCAUGUCUGACCACGAUCAACCAUUUCCUUGAAAUGAUCAUUCGACGGAAAAGUUGAAAUGAUCUGAUUGUUGUAUUCUGUGUGGAACUUCUUCCCUGGUGGAUAUGUUUUUAUACGAUGACACCCAGUUUCUUCUACUUCAAGAAUUACAUUUGUACAUGUUGUUUAGGUAUACUGUCGGCUGAUGUUUGGAAAUGUGAUACCAUCUUAAUGCGGUACCAGACGCCUUUUAAUGUCAUUUAUAUCUACAGCCAAAACCUGGUGUACAACUAACACUGCCUUGCUAAACUGACAAUUAUUCCACAAGCUUGCUGUUAAGCUGCUGUAGAGUGCUGACAUUUUCCAACAUCCCAUAUGCUUUUCUGCUCUUUCCAAAUAUUCUUUUUUUCAGUUAAUAAGUACAUGUGUAUUAUAUAAAAAUAUACCAAUUUUCAUCUGUAUUAUUUUUUCAAUGUAAUUGUUGAUUUUAUCCAAUUUCCACAUAAGAGGUUGGAGGAAUAGAGUCAAUCGUUAUGUAGGUAUGGGGACAUGGAAAGUCAAACCUUGGCGUAGAAUUGUGUAUCAAAACCUCAGGAAAGUGUGGUUCAGAUCCCAUAUUCAACACUCGGAGGUCCUUGUUAGAAUGUCCAUAUCCCCUAUAGCUACAGCCGUUUACCGUAUCCAGCAAUAAGGAAAAUGCUUUUAAAAUGAAAUACUUAUAUAUGUGCUUAUAAACAGAACAAUAUUCAACGUAAAAGCUAUGUAUUUAGACCAAACAUUAAGCAAGGCUAGGAACGCGUAACCGAUAUUUUAGAGCUUAGAGUUCACACGAUGUGACAGAAUGGGUUUUUUUUAGGUUUAUCUUACACACCUGCAGAACAGUCCAUAUCGUGAUUAAGGGGAGAGAAACGAAAAAAUCUUUUAGUCAUUUUUGAUGUCACUCUUUUAACCCAGUUUGAAAACAAUUGGCGGAAAGGACUUUGAAAUGAAUCAUUCUAAACCUAUAAUGCUUUUAAAAAUCAGAAAAGCUAAAAAUUUGUUUAAUUAAAAUCCAUAAAUCUAGCUAUAUCAUUGCCUUUCAAGAGGAUCUGUAGGUGCAAAUUUUAUAACACAAUAGAAACUCUCAAUGUCAACGAUACAACCAUUUUGAAAUAUAAAUAAAUACAUAAAUCGUCUGAAGAGCACCAAGAUGGGCAAAAGUAAUAGCCGGAUUUAGUCUUCAGUGUUUUGUUUUAUUUAAAGGUAAAAUUGUACAGGCACAUUCCGACUUACUGGGAGGACCUGUCCCACUAGUAUGUCUGAACAAGCCAUGAACAGUUGUUUACUGACCUAUGCAUAGGUCUCCUAGGUUUAUUUCUGUUAGGGGGGCUCCUAUACCUUAAGAUACUUACAAAUGUUGAUGUUCGUCACCUACUGCUCCGAGAAGGAGCAAACGUGAGCUUGAAAUACAGCCUGAAGUAAUUGUUUUAUCUAUGAAAUAUUUACAAAAAGAACAAACAUACCGAAAAGCUCGAAAAGUGUCGAGGCUUAAAUGGCCAAACACUGCUUUAAAAACAUCAGAAAGCAAAGCAGAAUUUUACAAAAUAAAAUUGGUUUAUUUCUGUGAGAGGGGUUCCUAUAUAUAUACCUUAACAUACUUACAAACUUUGUCACCUACUGCUCUUAGAAAGAGCUUAAAUAAGCUUGAAAUACAGCCUGAAGUAAUUGUUUUAUCUAUGAAAUAUUUACAAAAUGAACAAACAUACUGCACGAUAUGUUUAGACAAUUUAAUGGAUAAUAUCUCUCUGCACAUAAAACAGGAAUGGUUUCAUAUAAUGUCUUGGAAGUGAAAUUAAUGGUAGACCUGAGAGAAGACUCUCUACUUCUACAAAUGGAGGAUCUACCUGGUGUUCACCAGGGCUGUCAUGAUACGUUCACAUGAUGAUACGAUACGUAUCCCGAUACUGUCAUGAUACGUUCACAUGAUAAUACGAUACGUAUCCCUAUACUGUGUAUGAUACGUUCACAUGAUGAUACGAUAUGAUCCCGAUACUGUGGUCACGAUAUGAUACGUUCACAUGAUACGAUACGUAUCCCUAUAUGGUGUAUGAUACGUUCACAUAAUAAUACGAUAUGAUCCCGAUACUGUGGUCACGAUAUGAUACGUUCACAUGAUAAUACGAUACGUAUCCCGAUACUGUGGUCACGAUAUGAUACGUUCACACGAUACGAUACGUAUCCCGAUACUGUGGUCACGAUAUGAUACGUUCACAUGAUGAUACAUACGUAUCCCGAUACUGUGGUGACAAUAUGAUACGUUCACAUGAUAAUACGAUACGAUCCCGAUACUGUGGUCACGAUAUGAUACGUUCACAUGAUAAUACGAUACGAUCCCGAUACUGUGGUCACGAUAUGAUACGUUCACAUGAUAAUACGAUACGAUCCCGAUACUGUGGUCACGAUAUGAUACGUUCACAUGAUAAUACGAUACGAUCCCGAUACUGUGGUCACGAUAUGAUACGUUCACAUGAUAAUACGAUACGAUCCCGAUACUGUGGUCACGAUAUGAUACGUUCACAUGAUAAUACGAUACGAUCCCGAUACUGUGGUCACGAUAUGAUACGUUCACAUGAUAAUACGAUACGAUCCCGAUACUGUGGUCACGAUAUGAUACGUUCACAUGAUAAUACGAUACGAUCCCGAUACUGUGGUCACGAUAUGAUACGUUCACAUGAUAAUACGAUACGAUCCCGAUACUGUGGUCACGAUAUGAUACGUUCACAUGAUAAUACGAUACGAUCCCGAUACUGUGGUCACGAUAUGAUACGUUCACAUGAUAAUACGAUACGAUCCCGAUACUGUGGUCACGAUAUGAUACGUUCACAUGAUAAUACGAUACGAUCCCGAUACUGUGGUCACGAUAUGAUACGUUCACAUGAUAAUACGAUACGAUCCCGAUACUGUGGUCACGAUAUGAUACGUUCACAUGAUAAUACGAUACGAUCCCGAUACUGUGGUCACGAUAUGAUACGUUCACAUGAUAAUACGAUACGAUCCCGAUACUGUGGUCACGAUAUGAUACGUUCACAUGAUAAUACGAUACGAUCCCGAUACUGUGGUCACGAUAUGAUACGUUCACAUGAUGAUACGAUACGAUCCCGAUACUGUGGUCACGAUAUGAUACGUUCACAUGAUGAUACGAUACGAUCCCGAUACUGUGGUCACGAUAUGAUACGUUCACAUGAUGAUACGAUACGAUCCCGAUACUGUGGUCACGAUAUGAUACGUUCACAUGAUGAUACGAUACGAUCCCGAUACUGUGGUCACGAUAUGAUACGUUCACAUGAUGAUACGAUACGAUCCCGAUACUGUGGUCACGAUAUGAUACGUUCACAUGAUGAUACGAUACGAUCCCGAUACUGUGGUCACGAUAUGAUACGUUCACAUGAUGAUACGAUACGAUCCCGAUACUGUGGUCACGAUAUGAUACGUUCACAUGAUGAUACGAUACGAUCCCGAUACUGUGGUCACGAUAUGAUACGUUCACAUGAUGAUACGAUACGAUCCCGAUACUGUGGUCACGAUAUGAUACGUUCACAUGAUGAUACGAUACGAUCCCGAUACUGUGGUCACGAUAUGAUACGUUCACAUGAUAAUACGAUACGUAUCCCGAUACUGUGGUCACGAUAUGAUACGUUCACAUGAUGAUACGAUACGUAUCCCGAUACUGUGGUCACGAUAUGAUACGUUCACAUAAUAAUACGAUACGAUCCCGAUACUGUGGUCACGAUAUGAUACGUUCACAUGAUACGAUACGUAUCCCGUUACUGUGGUCACGAUAUGAUAUGUAUAGUAUCAAGUAGAAGCAAAGCGAAAAGAUAUGUUGCAAAGUUUUAAUGGAGAUAAUAUAUUACAACAGGAAAUAGACUUGGUUCGAAACGGAUAUGACUUUCUGGUUUUACACAAUUCUUGUCUUUUGAUGUACACUCGCCAUUUGGGAAUGGAUAUGAGUAGACUAAAUUCAAAAACAACAAAAUCUGGAAAACACCUUAGGCCAAACCAAAAAGUUUUUGGUGUUUUCGGUAACACUACCUACCCUAAAUGAUUUUAGGCGAUUUUCAUAGAAGCGCUAUUAACCCUUAGGCUGCUACGCACAACAAUAGUCGUUUUUAAAAGUCGGGCCGUCAGUGCUACGCACGACUAUAGUCGUUUCUUGGUCUGUAGGCUUUGAUCGGUAGCCAGGAAGUGUGGAGUCAGGUUGUUGCUAUACCAAACCCGAACGCGUAUAGUAGACAGCUUCUGAUUGGUUGUUUUGCCAUUACUUUCGAUAUU